AUGCCCCAGGGCGAGGCUGUGCUCUUUCCACAGCAGCCGCAGCCACAGCCACUAGCGGCCGAUGAGGACCAGCAGCACGACGAUGACGCCGUGCCCGACGCGCAGCACGAUCCCCAGCACCAGCAGCCGCAAGAGGAUCCGCAGAUGAACGGCAACCAGGACGAGCAACCAGAGGCACGCGACCACCGGCAGCAGCACGAGGAUGACGCGAUGCAUGACAGGCAGCAGCAGCAGCAGCAGCAACAACAAGAGGGUCGACAGGUCGAUGGCACAGCACAUGCCGCCGCAGCACCAUCACCCGCACCACAGGCACCGUCGAGCCGUCCACCAAACGGUGAAGACAGGCCUGCAACCGUGCCUAGUGGGGACGAGUCACCGCCCCAGGCGGCCGCUGUGUCGACCAGGGAUGAGGGAGGGCAGCCGGGCGGCAAUCGGCCAGACCAAGGAGGGGGGCAGGGCGGGGAGGCGGCCGCUGCUCGUGUCCGUGGCCGAGUCAAGACUGAGGCCGGCGCAGGGGCAGCCACGGGCGGUGGGGGUGCCAACCAACAGCAGCAAGGUGCCCCCAAGGCCAGAGCCCGGAGGCCGCCGCAGAGGAAGCAGAGUGUGCCUGCUGGGUAUCUGGAGCGUCAGCUGGUCAACCUCGACCACCAGCAGCUGGUUAAAGCGCUGGAGCGGGAUGAGAGCGAGCUGGCAAGAAGCGUGCUGCAGAUCGUCAGAAAGGUAUGUGGGGGCAGACAGGCAGACAGAGAAACAGACAGACGGCUAGAUGUUUGUGUGUGUCAUCUCUCUGCAGAGUGGCUUUAAGGGGUCUCAAUAGCAGAAGAUGAUGGGCAAGACGGCGCCCCAGAUCAACACCGAAUUUCUGGGGAACACCGUCGGACAGGCACUCGACCUCUCCGACUGGGUACACAAGAUAUACAAUGAGCACAACGUAAGUCAAACAGCCCUCAAGUCGACCGUCUCAGCGUGUGCGUGUGCGUGUGCGUGUGCGUGUGUGUCGGUGUCGGUGUCGGUGUGUCGGUGUGCCUUGCACACGCAGGGCCGCCUGUGGGUGCCCAAGGCACUGCCUGUCAUCAAGCAGGAGCAAGACGACGCAGCAGACCCGCCUCCGGGUGCGCACAUGCUGCUAACGGCACGCUCACCACGAGGGCUGACACACAUACACACACACACACUGUGGUGAUGUGCUGUGUGUGAUUUCACUCACCCAGACGUCCCACGUCCAGCAGCAGGCUCUGUUGACCGCUCUCGUUCCCCCCGUGGCCGCGUGUUGCAAUCUGCCGACAGAGCCAGAGGCCACCGUCACCGUAGCCGUGACAACGACCAUGACGAUGAGGAUGAGGGCGGCCGCUCCACAGAGCGGCCAAGGGGGAGAGAGUACGCCUACCGCCCAGACAGAUCACAUGAUCCAGACACCCACCCAUCCUGGCUGCUGGCCUGUCUGUCUGUCUGUCUGUUUGUUUGUCUGUCGGUCUGUUCAUCAGCCGUCGUCGCUCGCGCUCACGUGACCGCUACCGACACGAGGUAAGUGAGCUGCCGGCUGACCUGCCUGCUUCAUGAUCGCCGAGUAAUCGUACUUGUGUGUGUGUGUGUGGGAUGGAUGGAUCGGUGCAGGAUCGUCGCAGUCGCAGCCCGGGUCGCGGACAUCGAUACGAGGGCCCACGUGAGCACACAACACACACACCGCACCGAACCACACUGUGCUGCCUGAUGCCAUAUGUAUAUGAUCUGUCUGGUGCAUGCCUGCAUUCAGUGCCCCCUCCUGCGUCGCGUGUGGCGGGCCACCGGGGCCGCAGCGGCCGCCGACCGCACUCUCCCCAUGACGACUACAGACGGGAUGACCGACAAUCACACCGACAGGUGUGUGCCUGGGAAGGCGGGCACCACACACAAGUAACUGCCAUUCCCUCACGGCAUACUUGCAUCCAUCAGGGCUAUGCGGGCCGGCGCUCUCCUCCUCCCCGCCGCCGACUGUCGCCUCGUCCCUUCUCACGUGGACGGCGGGCGCGGUCAGACCGAUCGGACAGCGCUGGCAGAGAUGGGUGAGAUGUCUGACUCUUGAUUCGACAUGGACACAACGUGUGGUGGUCAGAUGUCGAUGAGCACUUGCCUGCGUGCUAUGGUGUGUGUCAGGCCGCCUUUUGGCCGGCCGCAUGGCCCCCCCUCACCUCGACGCCCACCUCAUCCCUGGUCGCCGUCGCCCCGUCGCUGCAAUCGGUCACGCUCACGCUCGCCGAUUCCGCGAGCCAGGAGCCCACCGAAUGAGAAGGCAACAGACACAGUAGGCAGCAAACACCACACACAACCAUGCGACCUCAUUGGUGGUCUCUGUCUGUCUGUCUUGUGUGUGUGACAUCGCUGCAGAUAGUGGUUGAGGGGUGGUCCCCCCAUGACCCUCUAUGCCAACUGGAGAAACUGGCCACAGAGGUACGUGUGUAGGCACCCCCCCCCCCGCUUGUGUGUUAAUUGUCUGUCUGUCUGUCUGUCUGUCUGCCCACAUGGACAGGGGCUGCCUGCAAGCUGCAAUCCUCCUUUGGAUGUCCGCCGAGAAGCGGGGGAGAGCGAUGCGGUUCAGAGGCUGUGCUUCAUUCAGUUCAGCACCGUCGACGAAGCCAGUGAGUUCCUCGAGGUGAGCUUGCAGAAACGAGUGGGUCGACAAAUCCGUGCACGCAUUCUCUCUCGCUCAUAUGUCUGUGCCAGGCGCACCGUGUCAACGCGCCGUGCCGCCAUGGGCUGGUGCGGGGCGAGGAGUUCUACCCCUUGCAGUACUCGAGGCGCAACUCAUCCAAACCCAAGAACAGUCUGGAUGUCGCGUGAAGGACAGAAGAUGGGUGGAUGCGUGCGUGAUGUCGGGGGGCAUUGAUGGGGCGUGCAGGGGGGCUGUGGUCUCCAUUCCACCCGGCACGGUUUUUGCAGCAGGUCAUGUUUCACGAGCCCCGUGGCUGAAUCGGGAGUGGGUGAGUGAUGGGAGAGAGGGAGGGAGGGAGGGUGGUGCGACCAAAGGGUGUCUGUCUUUAGCCAGUAGGUCUGCGGACGCACAGGGCUCAGACCUACUCGGCUGGCGCAUGAGUGGGCACGUGUGUGGAUGUGUGUUUUUGUAUGUGCGCCGUCGUGGGCUGAUGCGGCACGAGUACUUCUUCCGCAGCUCCACAAUGUCGCGUGUGAGUUGCGUGACUGACAAGAUGCAACACAGCUGCAUAGUGCAGGCCAUGCAUUUUCCAACCACGUUCUUGCCAUCGCCCGCACGUGGCUGAUUUGGGAGUGAGUGGGUGAUGGGAGAGACGGAGGGAGG